GGAUCCGUCAUUCAAAAUGAUCUUAGCUAUAACAUCAAAGAAGAAAGUUCAUGUCGCUUGUUUACCUACAGCUGUCCUUUAUCCCCUUUGAACACCGAAAUAUUUCAACCCAUUGUACGGGAAGCUCCAAAAACCUUCUCGAGUUCCCAUCUCUAAUUUUUUCCCUGUUGGAACGCUCAACACCAGGCGAAUUCACAGAGGUCUGCAUUCUAAUCUUAUAGAAACCUAACCAUAUCCGUAUCUAAAGCCAAAAUAUACUCAGAUAUCUCGAUCUUCUAGCAGCCAUGGCCGGCAUCCUGACUAGCGAAGAAAUGGCUGAACGCGCCUCAGCCCGACAAUAUCUCGAGCGACCAUGGCGCAACCUCGACUUUUGCGUCUACCGCUUCAUUCCCCCAACUGAUAAACGUGGACUUCCCUAUGCAGAAAUAAAAAUAGAUGGUCGACCACGAGGACUCAAUGCCAACAAAGUCUGGGUCGGAGAUUUCGCUCCUCGCUGGGGAGAAUUUCUUCUCGAUCUAGGCGAACCCGUUUAUGAUAUACAAAAUCAUCACCCUCUAGUAACACGGCUUGAGGGAUACGGACUCGAUCAGGGACGUGUUAAAAAUAGAAAUCUACAACAAUUGCCUUUUCCAUGGGGCAUCGAUGGCUCACUUCCCGUGCAAAUAUGGGCCAAUGAACGAUUUCGCGAUAAUCACCGCUUACCCUUUGAUCCUAAGGGAAUGAGUCGUCUAGACCUGCAAUGGGAAGCCCGACGACGCGGUCUUCCCACCAAAGGAAAACGCUCCGAAAUAAUCCAACGAAUCAACCGCCUCGAAUUAGCAAAAGGAAUCCAAGCCCCUGAUUUCUACCAACGCGAAGCCCAGCAGCGUCUCGAUGCCUGCCAAAUCCCUCUCUUCCGCGUUCUCGAACCCCAGGAACCAGUAAAAUCUACACCGCAAACCCCCUUGAAACAACCUCCUUUCGACACGGGCGAGAUCGUGCUCGUCUACGGCACCCUAACCGGCGACGACACCACGUGUCUCGUGCGCGACUACGAAGGGAACCGCGGACAUAUCAGUCUUGAUUAUCUCGAGGAAAUCCCAUUGCCGUUUGGACUCAAGCUGAACCGACGCGAAUUGGUCGAGGUGCUCGAUAGAUUGGGCUGGGCGGAUGAAGUGGACAAGACGCCUGAGCCGGAGGAGGGCAGCGAUGAGUGGAAGGCGUUGGUGGAGCAGAGACGUGCGGAAGCGGACAAGGCGGGGGCAGAGGAAAAGUGGCAUGAUUAUGAUACAAGGUGGAAGGAGGGGCAGAAGAGGAAGAAGAGGGCUGACGAUGCGAAGAAGGCGGAGAGGAGAGCGAAGAGAGCGAAAUUGGCAGCGGCAGCGGCGGCGGCGGCGGCGGAGGGCGCGGAGACUUAGUGAUGGCUUUUACUUUGUGGGUUAGGUUUUUGGUUGGAUAGUAGUUGGUGUGCUGUGGUGUGGUAGAAUGGAUUUGCUUGUUUGUUGUAUGUA